CCUGUGUGCCACAGCUGAUGGUCCUGACCUCGGUCUGACAGGCACUUCCUCAUGGACCAGAGACUGUGUUUGGCUGGAGCAAAAAUAUUCAGUCUGCUGCCCAACUAAGCCAUUUUCUGAUGGUCCCUACUUUUUUUUUUAUUCAUUCAAACAAGAAUUGAUAUAUCAGUGAUUUUUCCUGUCUCGUUUUGUUUGCCAACACCUGAUGAUUGUGCGCCAGUUCGUCUGUAGAGCCUUUAUAAAUGCUCACCUGUAUGCCCACCUGAGAAGGCCCCAGAUCAGCCAAACCAUGGCUAGACCCAGCUCAGACUUGGCAGCAUUCAGAGAGAUUUUCUCCAAGGCCAACAAUAUUGCCAUCAUCACUGGAGCAGGGGUGAGCGCUGAGAGUGGAGUCCCCACCUUCAGAGGAGCAGGAGGCUACUGGAGAAAAUGGCAAGCACAGGAACUGGCCACCCCAGAGGCUUUCUCCAGAAAUCCUUCACGUGUGUGGGAGUUUUACCACUAUCGCCGUGAAGUUAUGCUAACAAAAAAUCCCAAUCCUGCCCACCUGGCCAUUGCUGAGUGUGAGGAGCGUCUCAGCAAACAAGGUCGUAAGGUUACUGUCAUCACCCAGAACAUUGACGAGCUCCAUCGCCGAGCUGGAUCGAAAAAUGUCCUGGAAAUCCAUGGUAGUCUGUUUAGAACACGCUGCAUGAGUUGUGGUCAUGAAGCAUCCAAUUACAAGAGCCCCAUUUGUUCUGCUCUGGAGGGCAAAGGAGCUCCAGACCCAAACACGAAUGACGCCCACAUCCCAGUCCAGCAGCUGCCCAGGUGUGAGCAGACAGGCUGUCACGGCCUCCUGAGACCAGCUGUGGUUUGGUUUGGAGAGACUCUGGAUGCCGACAUCCUCACCAGUGCAGAGGAAGUGUUAGACAGCUGUGACCUCUGUCUCGUGGUUGGUACUUCAUCAGUCGUGUAUCCUGCAGCCAUGUUUGCUCCUCAGGUAGCAGCCGGAGGCGUCCCUGUGGCAGAAUUCAACAUGGAAGACACACCGGCCACGAUGCGUUUUAAGUUCCACUUCCAUGGCCCCUGUGGGACCACCUUACCCCCUGCACUGGCACGCCACGAGACUGAACAGAACUGAAAAACAGUCAACAGACCGUUGAACACUGGAAGACUUAAGUGCUACAAGUACUAAGAAUAAUGAGUUCAGUAUAACAUACACAUACAUAACAUGAAUGAAGAGACAUGGCCAACAAAUACUAAAGUAAAAGGGAACCUGUUUGUUUUAAUCUGUCACACAGAUAAGACAUGCACUUGAAAGAGUAAAUAUCCAUAUGUUAUAAAUAGUUGCACAGAAUUUCAGGCAACUUACUGAAAGAGUGGCUUCUAGAUGACCAUCUUUUUUUUUGCAAUAAAAUACUGUAUCGUGAGAGUUGUAAUAAAUAUUGCUGUGAUGUCAAAUCUAUAUUAUAGGAACGGUAAUUGGGAAACUGCUAUUUAUUAAAGUAUGAAGUUGAACAAGACAUUGGAGACAAUGAAAAGCAAUAACUAUUGAAUAAAUAUUACCACCAACUUCAUCAAUCCCUUUGCAGUGAAUAUUUGACGAUUGUCUGACAGUAGGGGGCAGUGUUUAGCUGCUGCUGUGGAGUCAGCUGCCUUCCAGUGUGGAGAAAAGACUGCCUCCUUCCCAAGGAUGUGUGAGCUCUGCCUGGGAUGUGUGGUGUUUGUGUAUGUCGAUGCAGUGUUGCCUGAAUUUAUGGACUGUGAUGAAUACUGUGUAUGAUGCCUUCCAGUGCCUGUGAGUAAGCUCUAGCUAAACCAGGGAGAGCAGUGACUGUGCAUUCCCUCAGCCAGUCGUGAGAACAGGGCUUCCAUAUGUAUCCUUCUGAAGGAUUUGUUACAUGUAUGUUAAUGUUCUGACAUGAUUAGAACAGCGUGUUGAUAGAAAAUGAAGUCUGCUGAAAUAAAUGUGAGCUCACAAACUGAA